UAUGGUUUUAGUUAACAGACGGCUCCACAUAUAAUUUCACAAAAUGCGGAUUUUACUUUUUGUGCUUUUGUGCCUUACCUUGGCUAUCGGCGGAAGAGUAGGCUAUCAAGAUAAAUUUGACAUAGGUGAACGUCAAGAAGACGAUUACCUUAUUACUAAUAGAACUAUCUUCAAGCCUGUUAUUCCUUGGAAGCCUAUGAUAAUCACAGUUGGCGUAAGGGCUCCAAAAAAUGCAAUUCUUACCUACGUUAAAAUAGAAAAUAUAGGAGAUAAACAAGCUCAAUUUAUACCAAAAAGACUCAGUCAAACAAAUAUAGCUAUAGUGGUUCUUGGAAAACGUGGAGAAGGAUUGCUUGUGCAGGUAGAAGGUUACGCAAAGGAUAUUUUAACACCUGCUCCAACUACCGAAAAAUCUAGUAAUGAAGACAAAAGUUCUAGUAGCAGUUCUAGUAGCGAAUCUAGUAGCGAAGAAAGCAAAAGUAGCGAGGAAAACAACGGUGGUGGAAACAACAACUCUGGUGAAAGUGGCGAUGGAGGAAACAGCGCACCUGAUGCCGGAGAUGGAAACAAUUCUGGUGAAGGUGGUGAUGGAGGAAAUAGCGCACCCGAUGCCGGUAACGGAAAUAACAACUCAGGCGAAGAAGGUAAUGGAGGAAACAGCUCACCCGAUGCCGGUGACGGAAACAACUCUGGCGAAGGAGGUGAUGGAGGAAACAGCGCACCAGAUACUGGCGAUGGAAACAACAACUCUGGCGAAGGAAAUGAUGGAGGAAACGGCGCACCCGACGCUGGGGAUGGAAACAACAAUUCAGGCGAAGGAGGUGAUGGAGGAAACAGCGCGCCCGAUGCCGGUGACGGAAACAACUCUGGCGAAGGAAAUGAUGGAGGAAACGGCGCACCCGAUGCUGGGAAUGGAAACAACAAUUCAGGCGAAGGAGGUGAUGGAGGAAACAGCGCACCCGAUGCUGGGGAUGGAAACAACAAUUCAGGCGAAGGAGGUGAUGGAGGAAACAGCGCACCCGAUGCUGGGGAUGGAAACAACAAUUCAGGCGAAGGAGGUGAUGGAGGAAACAGCGCACCCGAUGCUGGGGAUGGAAACAACAAUUCAGGCGAAGGAGGUGAUGGAGGAAACAGCGCGCCCGAUGCCGGUGACGGAAACAACUCUGGCGAAGGAAAUGAUGGAGGAAACGGCGCACCCGAUGCUGGGAAUGGAAACAACAAUUCAGGCGAAGGAGGUGAUGGAGGAAACAGCGCACCCGAUGCUGGGGAUGGAAACAACAAUUCAGGCGAAGGAGGUGAUGGAGGAAACAGCGCACCCGAUGCUGGAGAUGGAAACAACAAUUCAGGCGAAGGAGGUGAUGGAGGAAACAGCGCACCCGAUGCUGGGGAUGGAAACAACAAUUCAGGCGAAGGAGGUGAUGGAGGAAACAGCGCACCCGAUGCUGGAGAUGGAAACAACAAUUCAGGCGAAGGAGGUGAUGGAGGAAACAGCGCACCCGAUGCUGGGGAUGGAAACAACAAUUCAGGCAAAGGAGGUGAUGGAGGAAACAGCGCACCCAAUGCUGGGGAUGGAAACAACAAUUCAGGCGAAGGAGGUGAUGGAGGAAAUAGCGCACCCGACGCUGGCGAUGGAAACAACAACUCUGGCGAAGGAAAUGAUGGAGGAAACAGCGCACCCGAUGCUGGGGAUGGAAACAACAACUCUGGCGAAGGAAAUGAUGGAGGAAACAGCGCACCCGAUGCUGGGGAUGGAAACAACAAUUCAGGCGAAGGAGGUGAUGGAGGAAACAGCGCACCCGAUGCUGGGGAUGGAAACAACAAUUCAGGCGAAGGAGGUGAUGGAGGAAACAGCGCACCCGAUGCUGGGGAUGGAAACAACAAUUCAGGCGAAGGAGGUGAUGGAGAAAAUAGCGCACCCGACGCUGGCGAUGGAAACAACAACUCUGGCGAAGGAAAUGACGGAGGAAACAGCGCACCUGAUGUCGGUGAAGGAAACAAUUCAGGCGAAAGAGGUGAUGGAGGAAAUAGCGCACCCGACGCUGGCGAUGGAAACAACAACUCUGGCGAAGAAAAUGAUGGAGGAAACGGCGCACCCGAUGCUGGGGAUGGAAACAACAAUUCAGGUGAAGGAGGUGAUGGAGGAAACAGCGCACCCGAUGCUGGGGAUGGAAACAACAAUUCAGGCGAAGGAGGUGAUGGAGGAAACAGCGCACCCGAUGCUGGGGAUGGAAACAACAAUUCAGGCGAAGGAGGUGAUGGAGGAAACAGCGCACCCGAUGCUGGGGAUGGAAACAACAAUUCAGGCGAAGGAGGUGAUGGAGGAAACAGCGCACCCGAUGCUGGGGAUGGAAACAACAAUUCAGGCGAAGGAGGUGAUGGAGGAAACAGCGCACCCGAUGCUGGGGAUGGAAACAACAAUUCAGGCGAAGGAGGUGAUGGAGGAAACAGCGCGCCCGAUGCCGGUGACGGAAACAACAAUUCAGGCGAAGGAGGUGAUGGAGGAAACAGCGCACCCGAUGCUGGGGAUGGAAACAACAAUUCAGGCGAAGGAGGUGAUGGAGGAAACAGCGCACCCGAUGCUGGGGAUGGAAACAACAAUUCAGGCGAAGGAGGUGAUGGAGGAAACAGCGCACCCGAUGCUGGGGAUGGAAACAACAAUUCAGGCGAAGGAGGUGAUGGAGGAAACAGCGCACCCGAUGCUGGGGAUGGAAACAACAAUUCAGGCGAAGGAGGUGAUGGAGGAAACAGCGCACCCGAUGCUGGGGAUGGAAACAACAAUUCAGGCGAAGGAGGUGAUGGAGGAAACAGCGCGCCCGAUGCCGGUGACGGAAACAACAAUUCAGGCGAAGGAGGUGAUGGAGGAAACAGCGCACCCGAUGCUGGGGAUGGAAACAACAAUUCAGGCGAAGGAGGUGAUGGAGGAAACAGCGCACCCGAUGCUGGGGAUGGAAACAACAAUUCAGGCGAAGGAGGUGAUGGAGGAAACAGCGCACCCGAUGCUGGGGAUGGAAACAACAAUUCAGGCGAAGGAAGUGAUGGAGGAAAUAGCGCACCCAACGGUGGCAAUGGAAACAACAACUCUGGCGAAGGAAAUGAUGGAGGAAACAGCGCACCCGAUGCUGGGGAUGGAAACAACAAUUCAGGCGAAGAAGGUGAUGGAGGAAACGGUGCACCCGAUGCUGGGGAUGGAAACAACAAUUCAGGCGAAGGAGGUGAUGGAGGAAACAGCGCACCCGAUGCCGGUGACGAAAACAACUCUGGCGAAGGAAAUGAUAAAGAAAACGGCGCACCCGAUGCUGGUGACGGAAACAACAAUUCAGGCGAAGGAGGUGAUGGAGGAAACAGCGCACCCGAUGCCGGUGACGAAAACAACUCUGGCGAAGGAAAUGAUAAAGAAAACGGCACACCCGAUGCUGGCGACGGAAACAACAAUUCAGGCGAAGGAGGUGAUGGAGGAAACAGCGCACCCGAUGCUGGUGACGGAAACAACAACUCUAACGAAGGAGGUGAUGGAGGAAACAGCGCACCCGAUGUUGGUGAUGGAAACAAUAACUCUGGCGAAGGAAAUGAUGGAGAAAACGAUGCACCCAAUGCCGGUGACGGAAACAACAACUCUGUCGAAAGAAAUGACGGAGGAAACAGCGCACCCGAUGCCGGUGAAGGAAACAACUCUGACGAAGGAAAUAAUGGAGGAAACGGCGCACCCAAUGCUGGGGAUGGAAACAACAAUUCAGGCGAAGAAGGUGAUGGAGAAAACGGCGCACCCGAUGCUGGGGAUGGAAACAACAUUUCAGGUGAAGGAAGUGAUGGAGGAAACAGCGCACCUGAUGCUGGUGACGGAAACAACAACUCUGGCGAAGGAGGUGAUGGAGGAAAUAGCGCACCCGAUGUUGGCGAUGGAAACAAUAACUCUGGCGAAGGAAAUGAUGGAGAAAACGGUGCACCCGAUGCCGGUGACGGAAACAACAACUCUGGCGAAGGUGGUGAUGGAGCAAACAGCGUACCUGAUGCCGGUGACGGAAACAACAUCUCUGACGAAGGUGGUGAUGAAGGAAAUAGCAUACCCGAUGCCGGCGAUGGAAACAACAACUCAGGUGAACGAGGUGACGGAGAAAACAGCGCACCCGAUGCUGGCAAGGGAAACAACGCUAACGAAGGUGGUGCUGGAGACAACAAUGCAUCAGAUGCCGGAGAUGGCGAUGGAGAAAAUGAACCCGAUGGAAACAAGAGCAUUCCCGAUGCUGGAGAUGGAAACAACAGCGUACCCGAGAAUGACAAUGGAAACAAUAACGCACCCGAAGGUAGCAAUGAAAACAAUAGCGCACCCAAUGAUGGUGAUGGAAGCAACACCGCAACCAAUGAUGAUGAAAACAACAGCGCACCUAUUUGGGAUGGAAACAGCACGUCAAAUAAUGACAAUGGAGACAACAACGAAGUUAAUAAUGGCGCUAAAAACGACAGCACAUCUAAUAAUGGCAAUGGCGACAGCAACAACAAUAACAAUUCUAGUGAUAACAAUGUAAAAGCUUAGACGAUUAGUUAACAAUUUGGACUGAAAAAAUUCUGUGCAUUAGAUGCAAAUGUGCAUCUAAUUUAAAGAAUCAAAGUAUGUAACAGUAUAUGUAUUUCUCAUAUGUAUAUAAAAUAUAAUAUAAAACCAAAAUUGCAGUAUAUUAA